AUUAUUAGUUCGGGUACAAAUCAUAUCAUCUUGCUGAAUGAUUGAACUUUUCUCUAAUUUCUCUCAUGCAAUGGCUUCCUUGUUUCAUGUCUUUCUCAUGUUUUGCAUGUUCAAUGUUCUAGCCUCCAUAGGAACAUACCCAGUUACAGUUAAUUCAGCUAGUGAUGUUCCAAUAAAUGUUACAAAACACUUUUACUUCCCUGAUUUCAGCCUCAACAACAACCCCAGAUUAGAACAUGAUGUGAAGCUCCUAGGUAGUGCCAAGCUCUCAGAUCAAAAGGGUGCUCUUCAAAUCCCCCAUGAAUCUCAAGAAACCGACUUGAAACAUCUAGCAGGUAGAGGUUUAUAUUCCUUCCCAAUUCGCUUGCUAGAUCCCAGUACCAAGACCCCAGCUUCCUUUGAAACCACUUUUGCUUUUCAGCUGCAUAAUUCCACAACCUCAGUGAGUGGCGGCGGCAGCGGCGGUGGUGGUGUUGGUGGUGCUGCUGCUGCUGAUGUUGGUGGUGGUGGUAGUGGCCUCACCUUCAUGAUAGUCCAAGAUGAGUUCACUGUGGGAAGGUCAGGGCCAUGGCUUGGCAUGCUCAAUGAUGCUUGUGAAAAUGCUUACAAGGCAGUGGCCGUGGAAUUUGACACAAGAAUGAGCCCAGAGUUUGGAGAUCCAAAUGACAAUCAUGUUGGUGUCAACUUAGGUAGCAUCAUAUCUACCAAAAUCAUCAAUGUUUCUGAAUUUGGAGUGUCCCUUAAGGAUGGUUUUGUUCACCAUGCUUGGAUAUCCUAUGAUGGUCCUCAGAGGAGAAUGGAAAUUCAUCUUGGACUACCCAACCAAGAACUCAAACCUUCCAAGCCAAUCUUCUCAGAAACGUUGGAUCUCUCUCCUUAUCUCAAUGAGUACAUGUUUGUGGGGUUCUCAGCUUCCACAGGUAACCACACCCAAAUCCACAACAUACUCUCUUGGAACUUCACUUCCACUAGCCAAGCCGUUCUUCAUUUCCCUUCAUCAGAAACCUGCCAGGGUAAGAUCAUGCUUGAGAAUACUACAGAAACAACAGCUACCAAGAAGUCUAGUAAGAAUGAAAUUCCAAGAAGCUUUUUGAUCUUUAUGGCUGCAGUGGCUUCAGCUGUGGUUGUUCUCAUUGGUUUUUACUUUAUCAGUAAACUCAGAAGAAAUGCUGCCAAAUCAAACACUUCAAUUGAGGCAGCGAUUCACAGACCAAGACCUCCCAACAAGCCGCGCCGCUUCACUUUCUCUCAACUAUCCUCUUCAACAAGAUCAUACAGUGAGAUUGAGUUGCUAGGUAGUGAUUCUAGAGGAGUGUACUACAGAGGAAAGCUUCCUAAUGGAAGCCAAGUAGCUGUGAAAAGGUUCUCAACUCAGUUUCUCAACACUCAUGGAUCCGAUAGGAGACGUUUGUUGAAGGAGAUCAAAGCGAUUAGCCAUGCUCGCCACCCGAAUUUGCUUCCUGUGAGAGGGUGGUGUCAAGACAACAAUGAAAUCAUGGUGGUCUAUGACUUUGUCCCGAAUGGAAGCUUAGAUAAGUGGCUCUUUGGUGCUGGUGUUCUUCCAUGGACUAGAAGGUUCAAAGUUGUAAAAGAUGUUGCGGAUGGAUUAAGCUUCCUCCAUGCUAAGCAACUAGCCCACAAGAACUUGAAAUGUAGCAGUGUGUUUCUGGAUGUAAGUUUCAGAUCUGUUUUAGGAGAUUUUGGGUUUGUGCUAGUUGGGGCAGAAUCAAAACAGUUUGAGGCAAUAGUGUCUCUAGGUGCUGAUGUGUUUGAGUUUGGUGUGCUUGUGUUGGAAGUGGUAGCUGGAAGACCAAGGGUGGAGAUUGAUGAGGGAAAACCAGAAGAGAAAAACUUGUUGGAUUUUGCUUGGAACUUGCAUGAGACUAAUGAGAAAGUGAAGCUGGUAGAUAGGAGAAUGGGAUCAUUGAUCAACUUGGAGCAUGCGAUUCGUGUUCUCGAAAUCGGGUUGCUUUGCACUCUGAAUGAGAACAAAGGGAGGCCCUCUAUGGAGCAAGUGGUGGAAUUUCUUCUUCACAUGGACAAGCCUAUUCCUGAUCUUCCGAGAACUCGCCCUGUUACCUUGUUUCCUUACAAUAGUGCCAACACUGGACUUUGCAACACAUACUCUUGCACUUUCAAGUGAACCCAUGGUGUUAAUCAGAGAUGGUUAUGAAAGCAAGUUAUUUAUAAAUGUGGAAGGGGUCAUUAUUAAGCCCAAAUGCAGCAAAUGUUUAGUGUGCUUGUGAAGAUGCUUGAUAAAUAUUGUAUCAUUCUUGCUGGGAGUAUUGUGAAUAUGGACUCUGCAGGAGAUAGGGGUGAUCAUGUUUUCAUGUUCAGUAUGCUUAUGUUUGGAAAGAGUCAGAAUCGAUUCUGGAGGAAGUUUUGGUAAGUAACUUCUGGUUGACUGAAUUGAUUUCGAGAAAAAAUUACUUGAUUCAAACAUUCUAUUACCAUUUCUUUUGAAGGUUCACAGCCUAGGUGGUGUAUUUGAGCCUUCUUGUUAUGUGGUGGGUGAAAAUUGGUUAUGAUUAUUGUUAUGAAGGGGACAAUAGAAUCAGUUUUCUUGUGUUAUUAUUAUCCUAGUGGAAUAAUAAAGGGUACCAAUUGGAAUCCCACAACUUGGGAAUGGUAAAGGCAUGAUUAGUUAAUAAAGUAGCAAUAUAAGGUUCUAUUAAAUAAAGCAAAGAUCAAUGUUAUCAGACUGAGUGCA